AUGCCCGUUGCAAGACAGUGUGACGAUCCAAGUUGGAAUUACUGCAACCUUGCUGUUUCAGCCGUGCAGCAAAUAGGCAUCCACGAGCCUAUUCAUACCGAAGGCAAAAGAUCCGCUCAGUCAAUUGCUUAUUUAAAAUCAUGGAUAGGUUGUUUCGUUAUCAGUACAGAGUUAGCAACCGAUUAUGGUUUUCCACCACCGAUGAGUCUCGUCACUGGGCGUUUACCAAUUGUCAAAUCAUACACUCAGUCUCAUUUUUCUGAUGAAUUUUGGGCGCGAUGCGAGUUACAGCAACAUUCCAUUCGGGUCUUCACGACUCUGUAUGAUAAUUCCUCUACGAAACAGUUGCAGAUGUCCCUGGUGGGCCUUCUUGAGCGCGAUCUAGAUUCUUUAGGAGCCAAUAUGAAAACCCGAGUUUCUCAGCGAUACCAUAUCGACUUCUUGGCUGCAAAACUGCGCCUAUGUUCUAUACCUUCAUUGACGUUAAUUUCGAAAGAGGUGGAAACAUCAAAUACACAGGAGUGGGCAGCUUGGUACAGAGGCUUUCACGUGGCCAUACAGCUUACAACCAUUUAUACAUCUUUACGUUCAUGCUAUCCACAGCGUCCAGCGGAAGAGCUAUUGUCUCACGAGCUCCAAGUGCAUGGAGCUGAAACAGUGCAUUACCCAAAACACUUUUUCCGCGUUUUAUGCAUCUCUGGGAUGUAUUUGGCAAAAUUUCUCGCUGUUGGUUGUGAUACUCAGCCCCAAGAGCGAACCUUGGCCCGUAAUAAGAUAAAAGAAGUGUACGAGAACUUUUUGGCCUGGUCGAAAGAGGAAUUAGACGAGCCCUUUCGAACUGCAAGGAUGAUUGGACUUUUAUCUCGACAUGCAGAGGACAAAAUUUCAUCGGAAUAUUUUAGUAACGAUAGCGGGGAUCCAAGUGCUACCAUAGUUGACGAUAGCCUAAGAAUUGCAAGGAAAAUCCGUGAGCGAACAGCUGCCACCCAGGCGGACACUGCCAGUUCCUCGUUAACAGCAAAUAUAGACAAGCCAGAAGGCCAGCCUAGGCUUCCUAGACCUGACGCUAUAUCAUCUGAGUGGAGUGAUUGGCUUCCUAAUACAUAUGACGACCUGUUCGCAUUUCUAGCCUCGCCUUCAAACAACUACUUUGAUGAACCAUGGAUAUAG